AUGGCGUUUAUUGGUCUACUUGUCUAUUCAUUUGAUUGGCGUGAAUUCAUUAACAAAAACUUAACACAGAUGCCAGUCAGUUAUAGUCGGACCGAAAUUGUGGCUACUACAGCUACUAAAAGACCAUAUCGGAUGACAGAUAUAGACGAUGCAAAGGAGCACCUGGCAAAUAUCCGCCGGACAUUUGGUACUUUGAAUAUUCAGCUCAAUGCUGAUGUCACUGUGGCCUAUAAAAGAGACAACUGCAUUUUCGAUCUUUAUGACAUUCAUAAAGUGUGUCAUAAAUGUGGAAGCCCUUUGUUGGUGGAGCGUAAGGGGAAUUGGAGCCCUGAACAUGGUAUGAGGAUACACGAAAAAUUUAAGCUCUCUUUUAUAGCGCAAAGACAGAACUGGGCAAAUGCAUCUGUUAAUGUAGGCACCGCUCUUUUGAAUUUUUCUCCUGAUUUGCAUAUGCCAAUUAUGGAAUACCUGGAGGACAAUAAACGUUUUUUGCAAAAUGAUUUAAUGCAAAGGAAAACCUAUCAGCUGAUGAAAAUGGUGCAAGAAUUGUUUAACUGCACCUUUGCCACAAAAAUAUUGAAAGAUUGGGGUAUACGUCAAAAUGACUCUUGGACUGGCCUAAUGAAGUCUAUUGACUCGAACGAAGUGGAGUUUUCAAUAUGUCCCCUGAGAUUUACCAGAGAACGAUUUCAUGCUGUAUUUUAUUCUCCGGAAUUGCAUGUUGAAAGAAUUCGUUUUCUUCUACGCCAUCCCAAAGGUUCACAUAUGCGCAACAUUUUCUUUGAGCCACUGACCUACCAUGUCUGGUGUUGUGUGUUGGCCCUAAUUGUAAUAACGGCAUUCUUGCUGACCAUUUAUAUGCAUGCAGAAUACCAAUUGUAUUGGAAAGUCAAUAUGUCCGAGGGCGGCAGACCGCUGGCCCCUAACAACGAACCACAAAUGGACUUUGCCAUUUUUACCACCUUGGAGACCAUAUUCAUGCAGGGUCCUUCGCCUGACCAGUUUCGUUUAAACUCCAUACGCCUCUUGCUGAUCUCGGUGUCGGUGUUUGCGGUUCUCUUAAUGCAAUACUAUGGGGCAUACAUAGUCAGUUCUUUGCUGUCGGAGGCUCCUCGCUCCAUUACUAAUCUGCCCGCCCUGUACGAGAGCAAUCUGGAAAUUGGCAUGGAGAACAUUUCCUACAACUUUGAAUUGUUUGGCACGGCCACCAAUCAGGUGGUGCGGAACAUUUACAAGAAACGUAUCUGCCGGAAGGGGAUACCUAAUGUGAUGAGUAUGGAGCAAGGAGUGCAACGCAUUGCCCAGGGGGGAUUUGCAUUGCACGCAUCUGUGAAUCGAGCCUACCGCAUUUUGGCAGACAUACUAGACGAAACCGAAUUCUGCGAAUUACAAGAAAUCACCUUCAACACGCCCUUCUCUGCGGGCUUGGCAAUGUCGAAAGCGACACCCUAUCGAAAGUUUAUCACAACGGCCAUUUUAAAAUUUCGCGAAUCGUCAUUGCUGCUCUACAAUGACAGGCAAUGGGAAAUACCCCACAUUGAUUGUGCGACCAAGUCAAAAAAUGAUGUCGUUGUGGAUCUGCAACAUUUCGCUCCGGUUUUGGUAUUUUUGGCAUUUGCCAUUUUGACGUCAAUAUGGGUGUUCAUUAUGGAGCUGCUACUUCAUAAACACAACCAAAGGCAAAUUCAUGUGAACUUUAAAAACAUUUGUAACACUAUGCACAAAUAUUUGUCCAAUAAACAAUGAGAGGACAUUGAGGGGCGGCAGAGUGUGUGGAGCUGCAGAGUUAAAGUGGGGGAGUCGAAGCCGUGGGUCCAUGGCACCACUCCAAAGCCUAUAGACAUGGUGCAUAGCAUUAUUAUUAUUUGCGAGUUUAUUAUUAACAUAAUUAAACAAAUUAAAUUUUAUUUGCACAAAAACAAUGGUAACAAAGAGUAAAGCAAUUCAGAGCUACAAUAAAAUGAAUUCACUUAGGGUUGUCAUUGCGAGACUUUUGGGAUUUGCAUAAAAGGCACAAAACACACAAGAUAGUAGAUUGUUUUUGAA